UCAAAAGCUUCGCAGGGCCAUUCUUCAUCGGGAUCUGAAGCCAGAGAACACAUGCUAAUCUCCCAGCUUUCUCCUUUCCACCAUCAGUACUCAUCCACCAUUCAGGCAUCGCGAAAGUUUCCGACUUCGACUCCUGGCUUCCGCAGCCCCGAGAUGCUCAACGGCCUGCCCUACGGCACAGCGACGGAUGUGUGGUCGCUCGGCAACCUGCUGUGGGAGCUGUUCACAGGAAUGCCUUUGCACCGCGAGCUGGAGACAGGAACAUCCAAAUACAACGUUCGGGUCAACGUCAGGACCGGAAAAGGCAUGUUUCCCUUCCGUUCUGCCAUCGACAGCAUGCUGUCGAGAAUGGACGAUGCGAGGCCUAGCACGAACGAUCUACUCAGCGAUGCUACAAUUCUCGACAGUCUCUUCAAUCUUUGGCGCACGGAAAGUCUGCUGAAAAGUGGACGCUCCUUGGAGCCGGACUCUUGUCUGGACAAGGGCGUGCCUCUGCUGUCCCGUGUUCAACAUGCAGUCGACCAUGCAAGUGGGCAGAGGCAGCGGUAUGACACAGCAGUCGCAUCCCUCGUGGCUGAGGAUAGCGAUACCUCUCCGGACAGCACUACCACGGUGUUCCGCUUCCGUCACAUCAAGCUUGGUUGA